CUCACACUUCGCCGCCGGCUUACACUGCGCUUCUUUCCGCUGCUCUGUGGUCCCGUCCUCUGCCGAUCGCAAUGGAAGAAGAAAUCGCCGCCCUCGUCAUUGACAAUGGCUCCGGCAUGUGCAAAGCUGGCUUUGCUGGGGACAACGCCCCCAGGGCCGUGUUUCCUUCCAUCGUCGGGCGCCCCCGACACCAGGGCGUCAUGGUGGGCAUGGGCCAGAAAGACUCCUACGUGGGUGAUGAGGCCCAGAGCAAGAGGGGUAUCCUGACCCUGAAGUACCCUAUCGAGCACGGCAUUGUCAUCAACUGGGAUGACAUGGAGAUGAUCUGGCACCACACCUUCUACAACGAGCUGCGUGUGGCCCCUGAGGAGCACCCGGUGCUUCUGACCGAGGCCCCCCUGAACCCCAAAGCUAACAGAGAGAAGAUGACGCAGCUAAUGUUUGAAACCUUCAAUACUCCAGCCAUGUACGUGGCCAUUCAAGCGGUGCUCUCCUUGUAUGCAUCUGGGCGUACCACUGGCAUUGUCAUGGACUCUGGUGACGGGGUCACACACACAGUGCCCAUCUGUGAGGGCUCCGCCCUUCCCUACGCCAUCUUGCGUCUGGACCUGGCUGGCCGGGACCUGACAGACUACCUCAUGAAGAUCCUGACUGAAAGGGGCUACAGCUUUACCACCACUGGUGAGAGGGAAAUUGUUCGUGACAUAAAGGAGAAGCUGUGCUAUGUUGCCCUGAAUUUUGAGCAAGAAAUGGCUACUGCUGCAUCAUCUUCCUCCUUGGAGAAGAGUUACGAGCUGCCUGAUGGGCAGGUGAUCACCAUUGGCAAUGAGCGCUUCCGGUGUCCAGAGGCUCUCUUCCAGCCUUCCUUCCUGGGCGUGGAGUCCUGUGGCAUCCACGAGACCACCUUCAACUCCAUCAUGAAGUGUGAUGUGGACAUCCGCAAAGACCUGUAUGCCAACACAGUGCUGUCUGGUGGUACCACCAUGUAUCCAGGCAUUGCUGACAGGAUGCAGAAGGAGAUCACAGCCCUGGCUCCCAGCACAAUGAAGAUUAAGAUCAUUGCUCCCCCUGAGCACAAGUUCUCAGUCUGGAUUGGCGGCUCCAUCCUGGCCUCACUGUCCACCUUCCAGCAGAUGUGGAUCAGCAAGCAGGAGUAUGAUGAGUCAGGCCCCUCCAUCGUCCACCGCAAAUGCUUCUAGAUGGACUGAGCAGGUGCCAGGCAUCUGCUGCAUGAGCUGAUUCUGAAGUAUCGAUUUGCCCUGGCAAAUGUACACACCUCAUGCUAGCCUCAUGAAACU